AUGUACCGUCAAGGAACCAACCAAUCCGUGUGCUCCGACGCCGACGAGUUCACUCAGGAAGAGCUCCAGGAGUUUGCUCAAGCAUUCAAAUUGUUCGAUAAGGAUGGAAACAACACGAUGAACAUCAAAGAAUUGGGAGAGGCAAUGCGCAUGUUGGGGCUGAAUCCAACUGAGGAGGAGCUCUUGAAUAUGGUCAAUGAGUACGAUGUGGAUGGAAAUGGAAAAAUCGAUUUCGGCGAGUUUUGUAAAAUGAUGAAGGAGAUGAACAAGGAGACCGAUCAGGAGUUGAUUCGUCUCGCAUUCAAAGUGUUCGACAAAGAUGGCAACGGGUACAUCACUGCACAAGAGUUCAAACAUUUCAUGACUACAAUGGGAGAGAGAUUCAGCGAAGAGGAGGUGGAUGAGAUCAUUCGUGAGGUUGAUAAGGAUGGAGAUGAGCAGAUUGAUCUCGACGAAUUCGUCAACAUGGUUGCUCCAAUCGUCUCUGAGACCAACAAAACGGAUCCGUUUGCCGAGCCAGCCGCCUCGGCUAACCCAACCACCAAAUAA